AGAAACACUGGGGCCUGGCCAGAACGUCACUGGAUGUUACCCUGAGUCUUGGUGCACCAUGAUUGGUGUUGGGAAGAAAAGAAUUAGUGGGUCUAGGGCUGGACUGGAGAGUGCCUGCUUUCUAAUUGUAUGGCGAUUCUCCCACCAUCUCCUUUAGGCUCCCUUUUCACCAAAUCGGGCAGCAGGCAGGGUCCUACAUGUUCAGCAUUUCUUUUCAAAGUGGCCUGGGUUCACUAUGUGAUUCCCAUGCUGGAUGGCUCUUGCUUCUGGGCACACAGCCUGAGGGGAGGUACUGAUCUGUGCCCUUUUGCUCCUCCAGGACCCAAACCCUACAUGAUGUGCAGUCCCCAGGAGAUAGACCUGCUGCGGCUAGAAGAAGUCUUCUCAGCCACCCUUGACCGCAUCAAUACCCUCAUUCUCCAGCCCCUGCUUACGACUGAGCCCUCAGAUUCAGCGGGCAGAGAGUGCCUGCAGCUAUUGCAGCAGCUGCACCAGAGUGCCCAGCAGCUCUGGGAAGUGACUGAGGAGAAUGUGCGUGCACUGCAGGAGCGGCUGCGCUGCCCGACCACCAUUGCCCUCGAGUCCCUGUCCUUGCUUCGAGGAGCUGAACGGAUUCUGCAAGUCCACAUGGAGUACAUCAACUCCUACACAAACUGCGUGGUGGCCCAGGCCUUCCAGAAGAUGGCCAAGAGGAGGAGCAACCAGUACUGGCGGGGUCAGCGGAAGGUUCUGCGGAAGCUCCUGUUUGGUGGGAGCUCAGAGGGCCCUGUGGGCUCCACGUUGGUGCAUGCCCUGCGCCAACCUCUCACCCAUCAUGUGCAGCAAUAUGUACUGCUUCUUCUAAGCCUCGCGGACACCAUCGAGGAGUGUCACCCAGCCCGAGAGUGGGUGGUGCAUGCGGCCACCAUCUUUGGGAACCUCCAGUCCUUCAUGAAGCAGGCUCUGGAUGAAGCUGUGGCAACGCAGACCCUCUGGCCCACCUUGAGCAGCCGGGUGAGGGAAGCACUGUACAGCCCCACUCGCCGACUCCUGCAGGACAGCCUGGAUAUGCCGGUGACUGUCAGUCCAUUACGGGCUGACCGUGUGCUGCUCUUCCAUGACGCCCUCAUCCUGCUGCAGGGUCAUUAUGUCCACACCUUUGAUCUGAAGCUGGUAUGGGUGGAUCCUGGGCAAGACCGGCACGUGUUACACCUCCUCACACCUGAGGAAGAGCUGUUCUUCUAUGCCAAGGAUCCUCAGGGCCAGGCAAUCUGGCAGUGGAAGAUCACCCGGGCUGUGUGCCAGGCUCUUUGUGGGCAGAAGGACUUCCCAGUGCUGGGGGAAGGCCUGGAACUCCCUGAGGCACCUGCCAGCCGCUGUGUGCCAUACACUUUUCGUGCUGAGGGCCGGCUCUGCCAGGCCACCUACGAGGGAGAAUGGUACAGGGGCAAGCCCCACGGCAAGGGAACCCUGAAGUGGCCUGAUGGGCGGAACCAUGUGGGAGAUUUCUGCCAGGGACAAGAGCACGGCUUUGGCAUCUGCCUGGUACCCCGGGCCUCUGAGGACAAGUUUGACUGUUACAAGUGCCACUGGCGGGAGGGCAGCAUGGAUGGCUAUGGCAUCUGUGAGUACAGCACUGAGGAGGUGUACAAGGGCUACUUCCAGGAGGGCCUGAGGCAUGGAUUUGGAGUUCUUGAGAGUGCCCCCCAGUCCCUUCACCCCUGCAGAUACACAGGCCACUGGAAGAGGGACCAGAGGAGCGGCUAUGGUGUAGAGGAGGAUGGAGACAGGGGCGAGCGCUAUAUUGGUAUGUGGCAGGCCAACCAGCGCCAUGGCCCUGGGAUCAUGGUCACCCAGGCUGGUGUCUGCUACCAGGGUACCUUCCAGGCAGACAAAAUGGUGGGUGCAGGGAUUCUUCUCUCUGAAGAUGACUACCUGUACGAGGGGAUCUUUACCAAGGACCUGAGCCUCACGGGAAAGGGCAAGAUAACUUUUCCCAAUGGCUUCACCCUGGAGGGUUCCUUCGGCAGUGGGAUGGGGAGAGGACUACACACACAGGGCAUACUAGACACUGCUGCCCUUCCUCCUGACCCUAGUAGCACCAGCAGGAGGCAGUUGGGCAUGGGUGCCUUCCCAGUGGAGAGCCGUUGGCAGGGUGUCUAUAGCCGCUUCAGGGACUUUGUGGCUGCUGGCUGCCCUGGGGAGCUACAGGAAGCCCUGCUGGGUUUCCACGUGCCCAGCUCGAGGGAGCUGCGCCAGUCUCAGGAGUAUCUGUGCUGUGAGCGGACCUGCCCUGAGGAUAGUGUGAAUAAGAUGGAAGAUUUCCUGGAGGAGCUGCUGCAGUACCAGGAACCUGAGGCCCUGCAGCAGUGUCUCAGGAAGGCUCUCAGCAAUCCACUGCACCCCCUGGGAAAGCUGCUUCGAACCCUGAUGCUGACCUUUCAGGCCACCUAUGCAGGCAUUGGGGCCAAUAAGCAUCUGCAGGAGUUGGCGCAGGAGGAAGUGAAGCAGCAUGCCCGGGAGCUCUGGGCUGCCUAUAGGAGUCUGCUACAGGUCGCCCUGCAGCACAAGGGCCAGAUCCUGGAGGAAGAAGAUGAAGAAACAAGGGACCAGCAGGUGCACAGACUGGUGCUUCCCCUCAUGCUGCCCAGCUUCUAUUCAGAGCUCUUUACACUCUACCUGCUUCUGCAUGAGCAAAAGGACGGGCGGUACAGUCAAGGCAUCGCCAGCCUUAGCCUCUUCCCUGACACCAAAUUGCUAGAGUUCCUGGAUGUGCAAAAGCAUCUGUGGCCCCUCAAGGACCUCACUCUGACCACCAAUCAGAGACACUCCCUGGUCAGGGACAAGUGCUUCCUGUCUGCCACUGAGUGUCUGCAGAAAAUCAUGACCACCGUGGAUCCCCGGGAGAAACUGGAAGUGCUGGAGAGGACUUAUGUGGAAAUUGAGGCCACAGUAUCACGGGUGCUGGGCCAGGAGCACAAGCUGCCCAUGGAUGACCUGCUGCCGCUGCUCAUCUACGUGGUGUCUCGUGCUCGAAUCCAGCACCUGGGAGCUGAGAUCCAUUUGAUCCGUGACAUGAUGAACCCCAUUCACACAGGGGGCCUGUACGACUUCCUGCUCACUGCCUUGGAGUCCUGUUAUGAACACAUCCAGAAGGAAGACAUGCGGCUGCACCACCUGUCUGGCUGCUGGGGCUGCAAGGACCGCUGGUAACUCUGGAUUCCUGACAAGGCAGGACUGAAAGGCCACUGUGAACUGCCCUAAUGUGCAGCCUGACUUGGCCUCACAGCCCAGGGGCCGAGGGCAGAAGUAGCCUUGAGGAUGAGGAUCCUGCAGGAAAUACCUCUGUGGCCCUCAGUUGGCGGCUUCCUGUGCCUAGUGACCUCUUCCCGAAGUAUCUCCCAACCCCUGAGCCUUGUUCCUAAAUUAAUAGACCUAAUGGGCCCUAGUGUGGCCAUGUGUAAAAUACAUCUCUGUACAGGAUCUUCUUGG